AGGUGUAUUGGAUCUUGUUAUCAUCAGUUGCAUUUUCUCUGUUAGUACCACUCCGUACCUGGCAUCAUGCGCAUGUUGAGACUGACAGUGGUCACAUUGCUGGCUACAGCUUGCUGCACACUAACAGAUGGAGCAAUCAGCAUCACGUGUGAAGGCUCUGAUGCUUUACUGCAAUGUGACGGAGGUAAGAUCCAUAUCAAGCGUGCGAACUACGGUCGUCGUCAACACGAUGUGUGUUCUAUUGGGCGCCCUGUUAAGCAACUCACCGACACCAACUGCCUCAGCCAAUCCUCCACCAGCAAGAUGGCAGAAAGAUGUGGUGGGAAGAGCGAGUGUAUUGUCCCUGCAUCCAAUUUCGUUUUUGGAGACCCCUGUGUCGGGACUUAUAAGUACCUGGACACCAAAUACUCCUGUGUCCAACAGCAAGAAACAAUAAGCAGCAUCAUAUGUGAAGGCUCUGAUUCUCAACUACUAUGUGAUCGAGGUGAGAUCCGUAUUCAGCGUGCCAACUAUGGUCGUCGUCAACACGAUGUGUGUUCCAUUGGGCGCCCACAUAAACAACUCAAAAACACCAACUGCCUCAGCCUAUCCACCACCAGCAAAAUGGCAGAAAGAUGCGGUGGGAAGAGCGAGUGUAUUGUCCCUGCAUCCAAUUUCGUUUUUGGAGACCCCUGUGUCGGGACUUAUAAGUACCUGGACACCAAAUACUCCUGUGUCCAACAGCAAGAAACAAUAGGCAGCAUCAUAUGUGAAGGCUAUGAUUCUCAACUACUAUGUGAUCGAGGUGAGAUCCGUAUUCAGCGUGCCAACUAUGGUCGUCGUCAACACGAUGUGUGUUCCAUUGGGCGCCCACAUAAACAACUCAAAAACACCAACUGCCUCAGCCUAUCCACCACCAGCAAAAUGGCAGAAAGGUGUGAUGGAGAUCGCCAGUGUAUCGUCAAGGUAUCCAACUCUGUGUUCGGUGACCCCUGUGUCGGAACCUAUAAGUACUUGGAUGUGGCUUACACGUGUGACUGACUGGUAUCUUCCUGGUGAACCUGAAGAUGUGCAAGGCUGAUGGGAUAUCUUCAUCAGGUCUUGCUGUUUUCCUCCAACCUCUAAAUCAACUUCAAUGACUAUUGUAAACCUGUGUACAUUGUGCUGAAGCAUUACUUAAACAAUUUCUGAACUGUG